GUGGUAUACCUGGUACAAAGUGGUCUGGUGUGGAUGGGGAUGACAAUAUUCUUAUCCUUGAUUUAUUGGGGCCAAGCCUUGAGGACCUAUUUGUGUACUGUGGUAGAAAGUUCUCGUUGAAGACUGUCUUAAUGUUGGCCGAUCAAAUGAUAACGAGGAUUGAAUAUGUGCAUUCUAAAGGGUUUUUGCAUCGGGAUAUUAAACCUGAUAAUUUUCUUAUGGGUCUUGGCCGAAAAGCAAAUCAGGUUUACAUUAUUGAUUUUGGUCUAGCUAAAAGAUAUCGAGACUCCACAACAAACCGGCAUAUCCCUUACAGGUGUACUUUCUCUCUGGAUGUGCUACUGAGGCAUUUUGGAAUAUGAAUAACUUCACCUUAUCUGAUUUCCUUUUUCUUUUUACCGAUUUGAUCAAUCAAAAUUUUGUUUUGCAGAUACAAAAGUGUUCUGAACCUUAUCUUAUUUGGUUAGGAAGCAUUUUCUUUUCAUAUUUAUUUUGGAAAAAACAAAGAUAUGACUCUUUUUAAUGGCUACUACUUGAAUGAUGAUGUGACUUGGUUUAUAGUUUUAUAUGAGAUUGUUUUCAACAACAAAGAUAUAAAGACCAGUAAACAUUGCUUUAUUUUUUCUGUAUGUAGGGAGAAUAAAAAUUUAACAGGGACUGCACGCUAUGCAAGUUGUAAUACUCAUCUUGGAAUUGAACAAAGCAGGCGUGAUGACCUUGAAUCCCUUGGAUACGUUCUUUUGUAUUUCUUGAGAGGAAGCCUUCCAUGGCAGGGUUUGAAAGCUGCCACAAAAAAGCAAAAGUAUGACAAGAUAUGUGAGAAAAAACUAUCAACUCCUAUUGAGGUGUUAUGCAAGUCCCAUCCCGUGGAAUUUGCCUCAUACUUUCAUUACUGCCAUUCAUUGACAUUUGAUCAACGCCCUGAUUAUGGAUUCUUGAAACGCCUCUUCCGUGAGCUAUUCACUCGUGAAGGAUGUGAACUUGAUUACAUAUUUGAUUGGACCAUCCUGAAGUACCAACAGGCACAAAUAAGUAAAACACAGCAACGGCCUAUUCCUGGAGAAAGAAGUCGUGCAGUUCCAGCGGACGUGGAAAAACAUCAAGGCAAUAAUGCUACUUACUCGGCUGAGUUGACUGAACGUAUGAAAUUAAAGAAUGAUACUUCUGCCGGUUUCAGCAUGAAAUUUAAAUCACCAGCAAAUCGAAAUGUGGCUCCUGGGAUUCAUCUUGAUAGAAAUACAAUGAACAAUGCACACAUGCCAUCUACUUCAUUCUCUCCUGCUGGAAUGUCAAAAGGGAAUGCCUCAAAACCUAUAGAAUCUUCUGAAAUCACAAAUGUCAAUCACGGAAAGCAUGAUGAUGCUGGUCCUUCAAGUAGUUGGAUUUCUUCUCUGCGGCGCAUUUCUUCUGCCAAAUGAUUCAUGUAGAACCAGCCUCAAGUACGUGGUACGGUAUGUUGUGAACUUGGUACGAUGUGGUUUGAACUUGGACUAGUUAUACGUACCAGCUUCUGUGAGACAGUUAACAAGGUUGUUAUGAGUACAUGAUUGAUAAGUGUGGACCUUCCAUUGUAUUCAACAAAAUCUGGCGAUGCAUUGUCUAUAGAGGUGUUUGUAGUGCUGUUAAAAAUGAAUUUCACUAGUCCUGUUUUGUGGAAGAUCUGUUUACAUAUCUUUCUCAAGAAGAAUUGUAACCACCUUGGUUGAUCUUAGCUUGGUUCCUGUCCAAUUUACUGAUGCAACGAUAUAGUAGCUGCUACUUGGAUAAGACUCCAUUUUAUCUGUUGCAGACCAUACUGUUUACUUUGUGCAUAUACAGCUGUCGGACAAUAUUUCUGGAUAUUUUUGCUUGCAUUGGCCAUCAUAGCUUUAUAUCCUUUUGUGACUAGAAUAAGUUUCGUUUUAAGAAAUGUAUAAAUAAUGUUAUCAGAUUCCUUGAUGAUGAGGAAAUUCAGAAUCUUGAUAUUUUGAAAGCCAUUAUUUUAUGCUCCAUUCUGUAAAUGAUUAUGGUUGAAGGAAAGAAUAUUCCUUCCAUGGCAACCUAUUCAUGGAAGUUAUAUUCGUAGAAGUCCUUUCUUUUUAGAUAUAUUUGUUUGAUCUGGUCAUUUGGAAAUAAAGGGCUCUUCUUUCAGGAA